GCACAACUUAAGGCCAUGGGGGGCGGAGCUCCAGAGCGGAGGGGUAGGGCCAGACAAGUCAGGGGCCUGUGCUGCAGGGUUGCUGAACAAAACAGGUCUCCAAGUCCUAACCAGGCCUGCGGACAUAGCCUCGGGAAACUGGAACUAGCGAAGGAGGCUAGAGGUCUACCAAGAACUGAAGGUUCCCUCAGAGAUACUGAGGCUAGAGAAGAAACCCAGGCCAUGGACAUCAGCCCCAUGGAGCAAGAGGCCACAUCCCCUGAAGCCCCAUCCAUAGAGGAGCCCCCAAGCCCACCCAGAGAAGAUGUGAGUCCAUCCACAGUGCCAGCACCCCCUGAGUCUCCAGAAGGUCCUGAGGAUAUGGAGGAGCAGGAGUUGGAGAUGAGGUCCCAGGAUGAAGAGAAAGAGGAAAAGGAAGACGAGGCAGCCAUUGCCAGUCCCUGGAGUGGACCAGAGGAGCUGGAGCUGGCACUGCAGGACGGGCAGAAGUGUGUGCGGGCCCGACUGAGCCUCACUGAGGGCCUGUCCUGGGGUCCAUUCCAUGGGAGCAUCCAGACCAGAGCCUUAUCCCCUGAGCGGGAAGAACCGGGCCCAGCUGUGACCCUGCUGGUGGAUGAGGCCUGCUGGCUAAGGAUGCUACCCCAGGCCCAGACUGAAGCUGAAGCCAACUCUGAGAUCUACAGGAAGGAUGAUGCCCUCUGGUGCAGGGUCACCAAGGUGGUACCUUCUGGUGGACUACUACAUGUGCUCCUUGUGACUGAGCCCCACAGUACUCCCAGACACCCUGUGCAGGAACCAGUAGAACCUGGAGGCCCAGCCCCAGCACACACAGACAUCCAGCUGCUUCCCCAGCAGGCUGGCAUGGCAUCCAUCCUCGCUACUGCAGUCAUCAACAAAGAUGUCUUCCCCUGCAAAGACUGUGGGAUCUGGUACCGUAGUGAGCGGAACCUGCAAGCCCACCUGCUCUACUACUGUGCCAGCCGCCAGCGUGCAGGCUCCCCUGCCUCAGCGACUGAGGAGAAGCCCAAGGAGACCUACCCCAAUGAGCGAGUCUGCCCCUUUCCCCAGUGCCGAAAGAGCUGCCCCAGUGCCAGCUCGCUGGAGAUUCACAUGCGCAGCCACAGUGGAGAGCGCCCCUUUGUGUGCCUCAUCUGCCUGUCAGCCUUCACCACCAAGGCCAACUGUGAACGCCACCUCAAGGUGCACACAGACACACUCAGCGGUGUCUGUCACAACUGUGGCUUCAUAUCCACCACAAGGGACAUCCUCUACAGCCACCUGGUGACGAACCACAUGGUAUGCCAGCCAGGCUCCAAGGGUGAGAUCUACUCUCCAGGGGCUGGACAUCCAGCAGCCAAACUUCCUCCAGACAACCUCGCAGGCUUCCAACAGCACUCACUGAUGCACAGCCCCCUGGCUCCCGCUGACAAGGCACCCACCCCAUCCUCCGGACUGGACAAUAAGACUUUGGCCGAAGUCACCAACGGAGAGUCCAGAGUGCCCCCCCAAAAUGGGGGCAGCAGCGAGUCCCCAGCAGCCCCCAGAACCAUCAAGGUGGAGGCUGCAGAAGAGCCUGAAGCAGCUCAUGCCUCAGACCCAGGAGAGCCCGGUCCCCAGGCUCCCUCUCGGACACCUUCACCGCACAGCCCCACUCCAGUCAGGGUGAAGACAGAACUGUCCAGCCCCACACCAGGCUCCAGCCCGGGGCCUGGAGAGCUAGCAAUGGCUGGGACGCUCUUCCUGCCACAGUAUGUGUUCGGUCCGGAUGCAGGCACGACCACAGGUCCUGCAGCGCCACAGGCCUCAGAGAUCCUGGCCAAGAUGUCCGAGUUGGUGCACAGCCGGCUGCAGCAGGGUGCAGGGAGCUCCGGGGCAGUGGGAACGCCCACCGGCCUCUUCCCCGGGACUAAAGGCGCCACGUGCUUUGAGUGUGAGAUCACCUUCAACAACAUCAACAACUUCUACGUGCACAAGCGCCUCUACUGCUCCGGUCGCCGCGCGCCAGAGGACACGCCCGCCGUGCGCAGACCCAAGGCGGCCCCGGUGCCGGCCCGCGCGACCCCAGGAGCCGCUGCAGAGACAGACCCGCAGCGCUCGUCGCCGGGGCCCGGGCCGCGAGAGGAAGAGGCGGGUGGCGCGACCACUCCAGAGGCCGAGGGCGCGGGCCGUGGCAGCGAGGGCAGCCAGAGCCCGGGCAGUUCGGUGGACGACGCGGAGGACGAUCCCAGCCGCACGCUGUGCGAGGCCUGCAACAUCCGGUUCAGUCGUCACGAAACCUAUACUGUGCACAAGCGCUACUACUGCGCCUCACGCCACGACCCGCCACCGCGCCGGCCACCAGCACCAGCGCCGGCUCCCGGACCUGCGGCUCCUGCGCUGACAGCUCCGCCCGUGCGCACGCGCCGGCGACGCAAGCUCUAUGAGCUGCCGGGAGCCAGUGCUCUGCCUCCUGCAGUAGGCCCCGCCCCUGUGCCUGUUGUCCCCGCCCCCACGGCUGAGCUGCCCUCAUCUCCGAGACCUGCGAGCGCAAGCGCCGCCCCUGCCCCCACGCCCUCUCCAGGCCCGGUCCUGGAAGGACCCAUAGACCUGAGCAAGCGGCCCCGUCGCCAGACUCCAGAUGCACCUGCCACUCUGCCUGCUCUGGCGGACUACCAUGAGUGUACUGCAUGUCGCGUAAGCUUCCACAGCCUCGAAGCUUACCUUGCUCACAAGAAAUACUCGUGCCCCGCUGCGCCGUUGCGCACUGCCGCCCUCUGCCCCUACUGCCCGCCCAACGGGCAUGUGCGCGGAGACCUAGUGGAGCACUUGCGCCUGGCACACGGCCUGCAGGUAGCCAAGCCGGCAGCCAACCGAGGCGCUGAGCCUCGCACGCCGGCUGAACGUGCUCCGCGUGAUAGCCCCGACAGACGGGCGCCACGCACGCCAUCCCCAGUUCCAGAAAACACGCCUUCUGAACCAGCAGACCAAGGAGUGCGGACGCCCUCCAAGGGCCCGCCCGCGUCUGCUCCUGCAUCAGGUGGUGGUGGUGGCCACCGCUACUGCCGCCUGUGCAACAUCAGGUUCAGCAGUCUGUCCACCUUCAUCGCACACAAGAAGUAUUAUUGCUCCUCUCACGCCGCCGAGCACGUGAAAUGAGUCUGCGGGGCCGCACCGCCUGGACCCUUGGCACUUAAUAAAGACGUUCAGUGUGACAAGCUC